AUGCAGCCAAUCAGUGCAAUUAGUAUCCAGCCAAUCCCUCAGUAUCCUGCGGUGGGUCAGUCAGUCACUCUCAGUGUUACUGGGAUCAAUGGAACUGUCCGGCAAUUCACCUGGUAUAAAGGACCGAACACAAACGCUGAUAAUCAAAUCCUCUCAUAUAUCCCGAGGGCAAACCCCCCACAGACUAAUGGAACACAGUAUUUAUCUCGGGCCAGCGGACUCCCUAAUGCCUCAUUACUGAUCUCAGAUCUGGUGAUUACAGACCGGGGGAUUUACAUAGUGUCUGUACAGACAUAUACAGACGCACAGCAAGAAUCAGUGACCCUGACUGUAUACAGUGAGUAAUGUGUGAUUUCUUUUUAACUCAUAUUCUUCUGUACAAAUACAAAAAAACAAGUCCUGCGCUUAAACUCCCCCUACUAUUGGGCGACUGCAAUGACCAUAGUACACAUCAGCCCCAAUACGUACAGAAAAAAAAAAAAGGAAAAAAGUCACCUGCGUUUUUCCGAAAUCCCUAUGCAUAUUUAAACAAAUUGAGGUAAUUUAAUAACUCCAAUGGCCAUUAGAGGGAUGCCCACAAAACUUCUUAAGUGGGCCCUACACAGACUAUUCACCUUGCUUUCUUGAGCUUCAGGCAAAGAUACCUCUAAUGAGACAGAGUGGAGUAUUUUUCUAAACCCAUACCUACUUAUUAACCUUUAAUAGGGAACAUUAAGGGUUAAUAAGUAGGUAGGGGUUUAGAAAACUACCCAUAUUUCUCUCAUAUUUUUCUAUAUUUACCUAUCCUAAAACAUAUUUUGUUGUGAAGGUACUUGACUUAUACAUGCAACACAAAUAUCCAAAUACUGUAUAUUUCUGAAAUGCAUUUUUUUCACCAACCGUGUAAGUCACUGAAGUGUGCAUUUUCAGAGACGCAAAAUUGUUCAACGUGCAUUUUAUACAUUAAGGUAGAAAUUGAAGGUUUUAAUUUCACAUGGCCUAAAUUUCAAAUUAACUUUGAACACACUUUGAGAGAAUUUGAGAGAGAGACCGCAUGCUGAAAAAUCUGACAGUUUCUAUUGCUUUGAAAUCCAGUGCAAAAGAGAUACAUUGAAAGACAGGUAGCAGACAUAAAUUGGACAGAUGGACGGACUGACAGACAGACAAGCAGUUAGAUUAAAAUAUACCUUAGAUAUUGGUUCGCAAUAUAUAUAUGUUGCAGAAUAUUAUUUCAUUAACUCACAAAAAAGUUUCCCAUUAACAAACCAAAAACUUGUCUGUUAAUCACUGAUACAACUGACUGGCUUUAGGUCGUAAUAUAUGCAAAAAAAUGAACUUGGUCAAAGUCAACUGAAUGAAACUGGUGCCUAUAACCUGGGAAUUUUCCUUGUUCUUGUACCCACAGAGCAUGUCAGUAAACCUGUAAUCAAGACAAGCAGCUACCUGGUCCAGGAAAAUGACACGGUCACCCUCACAUGUGAGGCGGAAAAUGCUGUAAGGAUCCUGUGGGGCCGCAGUAAUGGCACACUCUCUUCUGACGACACCCUAUCCAGUGAUAACAGGAAGAUUUUCUUCUCCAGUAUCAAACCCUCAGACUCAGGCGAUUAUUAUUGUGAGGCUGAGAAUGCUAUCAAUAAGAUCACAAGUGACAUCUACACACUGACUGUAAACUGUAAGUAAAUAGUUACAUAGUAAUCUAAGUUGGAUAAAGACUAAAAUCCAUAAAGUUUAACAUUUAGUUGCCAUUUCCAUGGAAAAAAUAUCCUUCUUGACUCCAUAAUGGCAAUCAGAUUUCUCCUUGUAUAAACAACCUGUUCACAUAAAUAUCAGUUGAAGGUUCGAGUUGCCAAACGUCAGACUAGAAACCUUACUGACUUAGAAAGGAUCUACACGAAGGAGUGGGACAAAAUCCGUACUGAGAUGUGUGCAAACCUGGUGGCUAACUACAAGAAACCUCUGUGAUUGCCAACAAGGGUUUUGCCACCAAGUACUAAGUUGAUGCAAAUAAAAAUAUCCUUGAAUAUUUACCGUAUAUACUCGUGUAUAAGUCGAUCUCAUUUAUAAGUCGAGUGCAGUUUUGUGACCAACAAUUGUGAAAUAUGCUAUGCCUCGUGGAUAAGUCAAGGGUAAAACUUGGGGCUAUGAAAUUCUGUGAUUUUUAUAAUUAUAUACACACACACACUCAUACAAACACACACACUGCAUUACAUACACACACACUCAUACAAACACACUCUGCAUUAUACACAUACACACACUCUGCAUUAUACACACACACUCAUACACACACUCUGCAUUACACACACACACACUCAUACACACUGCAUUAUAUACACACUCAUACACUCUGCAUUAUACACACACACACACUCAUACACACACUCUGCAUUAUACACACGCACACUCAUACAAACAAUCUGCAUUAUACACACACACUCAUACAAAAACACACUGCAUUAUAUACACACACACAUACAAACACACACUAUGCAUUAUACACACACUCAUACAAACAAUCUGCAUUAUACACACACACACUCAUACAAACACACACUCUGCAUUAUAUAUGGACACACUCAUACAAACACACACUCUGCAUUAUAUAAUGCAGAGUGUGUGUGUUUGUGUGAAUGCAGAGUGUGUGUGUAUAUAAUGCAGAGUGUGUGUAUAAUGCAGAGUGUGUGUUUGUAUGAGUGUGUAUGUAUAUAAUGCAGUGUGUGUGUAUACAAUGCAGAGGGUGUGUUUGUAUGAGUGUGUGUUUGUGUGUGAACUGGGUGGGGGGAGGGCAUUUUUAUUAUUUAAAUUUUUUUUCAUUUUAAUAUUUUAAUUUUUUUAUUGUAAUAUUAUUUUUUUUAUUAUUUAAUUUUUAUUUUCGCACCCCCUCCCUGCUUGUUAGCUGGUCAGGGAGGGGGGUUCUCAUUCCCUGGUGGUCCAGUGGAUGGGCUGUGUAGGAGGGGGGCCGGCAGAGAGCUGUUACUUACCUUUCCUGCAGCUCCUGUCAGCUCCCUUCUCCUCUGGUCCGGUAAGCUCCACUGUAAGUCUCGCGAGAGCCGCGGGGUCAGAGCGUUGCCACGGGUUACCGUGGCAAUGCUCCGCGCGGCAGUCACACCGCGAUACUUACAGUGGAGCAGAAGGGAGCUGACAGGAGCUGCAGGAAGGUAAGUAACAGCUAUCUGCCAGCCCCCAACAGGACCGCCGGGCUUGUAAUGAGCCCGGCGGUCCUGGUCUGUAUUAUGGCAAUGUAAGUUGCCAUAAUACAGACACUGACUCAAGUCGAGUGGGGGUUUUUCAGCACAAAUAAUGUGCUGAAAAACUAGACUUAUACUUGAGUAUAUAUGGUAGUUUAUGUACAAAUGUAUCCAGACCUUUUUUUAGAAUGUCUAUAGAAUCUGAUUAGACAACAGCUUUAGCCAGAAAAUUCCACCUCUUUUUUCAUAUACUUCUUCCAAUUUCAAUGGUCGACUUCUUGCCUGUAGUAUAUUUCUGCAAGUGAACAAUCACAGAGCGGUUUGUACUGACCCUGUAUAUAUUUGUAUAGAGCUGUCAUAUCCCCUCUGAGGCGACUAUGUUCUAAAGAAAACAAAUAUAGUUUUUCUAGCCUUUGUACAUAACUAAUGUUUUCCAUCCCCUUAUUUAUUUUGUAGCUUGCCUCUGCACUUUUUCUAGUUUUACAAUAUCUUUCUUUUUUUCUGGUGCCCAAAAUUGCAUAUUCAAGGUUGGGUCUUACUGUUGAUUUAUAAUAAGGCAAAAUUAUAUUUUGAUCACAUGAAUCAAUAUCCAUGUUUAUACAUUUGCAAGAAAAAGUACGUGAACCCUUUGGAAUGAUAUGGAUUUCUGCACAAAUUGGUCAUAAAAUGUGAUCUGAUCAUCUUCUAAGUCACAACAAUAGACAAUCACAGUCUGCUUAAACUAAUAACACACAAAGAAUGAAAUGUUGCCAUGUUUUUAUUGAACACGCCAUGUAAACAUUCACAGUGCAGGUGAAAAAAGUAUGUGAACCCUUGGAUUUAAUAACUGGUUGAAACUCCUUUGGUAGCAAUAACUUCAACCAAACGUUUCCUAUAGUUGCAGAUCAGACGUGCACAACGGUCAGGAGUAAUUCUUGACCAUUCCUCUUUACAAUACUGUUUCAGUUCAGCAAUAUUCUUGGGAUGGCUGGUGUGAAUCACUUUCUUGAGGUCAUGCCACAGCAUCUCAAUCGGGUUGAGGUCAGGACUCUGACUGGGCCACUUCAGAAGGCGUAUUUUCUUCUGUUUAAGCCAUUCUGUUGUUGAUUUAUUCUAUGCUUUGGGUCAUUGUCCUGUUGCAACACACAUCUUCUGUUGAGCUUCAGCUGGUAGACAGAUGGCCUUAAGUUCACCUGCAAAAUGUCUUGAUAAACUUGGGAAUUCAUUUUUCCUUCGAUGAUAGCAAUCCGUCCAGGCCCUGAUGCAGCAAAGCAGCCCCAAACCAUGAUGCCCCCACCACCAUACUUUUUUUCGCCACACAUGGUGUUGUGUGUUUCUUCCAAACAACUCAACUUUGGUUUCAUCUGUCCACAGAAUAUUUUGCAAGUACUGCUGUGGAACAUCCAGGUGCUUUUGUGCAAACUGUAAACGUGCAGCAAUGUUUUGUUUGGACAGCAGUGGCUUCCUCUGAGGUAUCCUCCCAUGAAAUCCAUUCUUGUUUAGUGUUUUACAUAUUGUAGAUUCGCUAACAGGGAUGUUGGCAUUUGCCAGUGACUUUUGUAAGUCUUUAGCUGACACUCUAGGAUUCUUCUUCACCUCAUUGAGCAGUCUGGGCUGUGCUCUUGCAGUCAUCUUUACAGGACGGCCACUCCUAGGGAGAGUAGCAGCAGUGCUGAACUUUCUCCAUUUAUAGACAAUUUGUCUUACCGUGGACUGAUGAAUAGCAAAGCUUUUGGAGAUACUUUUAUAACCCUUUCCAGCUUAAUGCAAGUCAACAAUUCUCAAUCGUAGGUCUUCUGAGAGCUCUUUUGUGCAAGGCAUCAUUCACAUCAGGCAAUGCCUCCUGUGAAAAGCAAACCCAGAACUAGUGUGUGUUUUUUAUAGGGCAGGGCAGCUGUAACCAACACCUCCAAUCUCAUCUCAUUGAUUAGACUCCAGUUGGCUGACAUCUCACUCCAAUUAGCUCUUGGAGAUGUCAUUAGUCUAGGGGUUCACAUACUUUUUUCCACCUGCACUGUGAAUGUUUACAUGGUGUGUUCAAUAAAAACAUGGCAGCAUUUCAUUCUUUGUGUAUUAUUAGUUUAAGCAGACUGUGAUUGUCUAUUGUUGUGACUUAGAGGAUGAUCAGAUCACAUUUAUGACCAAUUUGACCAAAUCCAUAUCAUUCCAAAGGGUUCACAUACUUGUUCUUGCAACUGUAUAUGACAAAACCUUACUAGCAUUUUGCAAUGGCAGACCAGAAUUGCAUACUCUUUCCUAGUUUGUCAUUUAUAUUUGUGCCAAGCCCUUUUCAUUUAAUAAAUAAAAAGCUGGAAUUUCUAGCACUUGUUAAAAGUCUACAUGACAGCUCAGGCUUCCCAAAUUAGAGUCUCUUCCUUCGGGCCGUAGGUAGAUAUAGAAAGGGAAAGCAGGGAAGCAGCGCUUUCAUAAGUGUCCUCAACUCAAAUAAAGGUAAAGCGAUAUGCAAAACAAAAGGACAAAUAAAACAGAAUAUGGUGUAGUAUUUUUGAUGCUAGUAAUUAUAAAUAAAAGAAAGGAAAUGCACUUACAAUCUUCUGGAGGUUAAAAUCAGAUCCAGAUAUAGGCAAUUUAAUGGUAUAAUCCAUGUCUGUUUAUAUGGUGAUCUUGGUCUCAGUCUUAAUCCUAUGUGGCAAUGUAUCCGUAGGUCAGUCAGCAGUGUGUGGUGGUCAGUGUUCAUAGAAGUUUUCUCUCAAUACGCAGUUUUGUCACAGUGAGAGUUCACCAGCGUAAAAAAUGAAAAUAAAAACAGGAGAUAGUGCUCUCCGUCCAAAAUAAUAAUAAAAUAAUAAAAGGAGGUAUACCCACAAACGGAGAGCAGAGUAAAGUUAUGCUCAAUCCUAUAUAGGAGUGUAGGAAAACGAAGUAUGAAUCCUCCAGGCAGUGGCGUACACACAGUCCAUGGGGCCCCGGUGCAAAACUGAUCCAUGCUGCAACACAUGGCGACGGGCACCCGGUCGCAGCUGCGACCCCUGUGACCGCGGUAUGUAUGCCACUGCCUCCAGGUGAAAAUCUUCAACACGCUGCACCACUCACACAAUGCUUCCAAACAUAUAUGUAUAUAUACUAAAGAACCCCUCACACUCUCAUUGCACUCUCACACACAUACUGCACCCUUAAACACAUUACAUUCCAGACACACAUUCUCCUUAUGUCACAGCAAGGGGGCAUAAUUUAUUAUUACACUAUGAAAUAUUGCUAUUUAAUGUAACUUCUGUAGUGCAUCAAUAAUUUGAUCCCUGGGUAGAGGACAACUGGCAGAGAGAAAUUGCUCUUUUGAUCAAAAGGGGCUUCUGCAAUGUGUGAAAAGGAUUGCCCUUCUAUCAAAGGCCCUGCAAGGUGAACAUUUUACACUUGAGCUGCCUCUAUGUCUAGUUUCAAUGCAAACUAACUGACUUUGACCAUAUGGCCUGAAACUCUCAAUUGAUAGUUCAAUCCUUUGUUAUGGUAAUGGUAUUAGUUUCAUGAAGACCUUUGUGUUCCAGUAUCAAAUCCAAGAGAAACAUUCAUAUUUACCCCACAGAAUAAUAAUUAAUCCAAAAUUACUUGUGCAUUCUGGAAUGCCCACUCCAUCUGCAGUAAUUUAAAAUCAACAACCAUACACAACUUUUUCAUCUCAAACCCACUCACACUGCUUGCACUUACAGAGACCUGGCUGUCCCCCUCUGAUAGCGCCACUCCUGCCUCUUUAUGUUUUGGUGGGCUACAAUUCUCUCACACUCCCAGACUUAACUGUAAAGGAGGUGGCGUAGGCAUCCUUCUCUCCCCUCAAUGUACCUUUCAAAAAAUCAUAACUCCCCCUGCCCUAUCCUUUUCUUCUUUUGAAGUUCACACUGUCUGCCUAUUUAAACCCACUUCUUUAAGAAUUUCUAUCAUCUACCACCCCCUGGUUAUCCUAGACUAUUCAUUGAGCACUUUUCUUCCUGGCUUCCCCACUUCCUCUCAUCUAGCAUUAGUUCCCUUAUACUUGGGGAUUUCAAUAUCCAAAUCAAUAACCCCAAUUGCACUGAUGCCUCUCGUCUGCUCUCUGUAACCUCCUCCUUUGGCCUUAUGUAAUGGUCCAAUUUAGCAACCCAUACAGCAGGAAUCACUCUUGAUCUUGCCUUCACCAACUAAUCUAAUCUCUCCAGUAUUCCUUUUCCUCUAUCUGACCACCAUCUGCUGAUUUUUGACAUUGGCAUACCUAAGACCCAAUUGACACCACCGUCUGAACAUCACUCUCACAGAAACCUCCAAUGUCUUGACCUAGAGCAUUUCUUCACUUAUCUCCAAACUCUCCUUUUACCUAUCUCAAACCUCACCUGUCCAAGCUCUGCAACCUCCUUCUACAAUUCCACCCUCUCCUCUCAACUAGACAUCAUGGCACCUUGUACAUUUAAACGCCGCAGGCCCCCCCAACAAUAACCCGGGCACACCAAGCUCACUCGAUACCUCCAAAAAUGCUCCAGAACUGCUGAACGCUGUUGGAGAAAGUCUCACUGUGCAUCUGACUUUCUCCACUAUAAAUUUAUGCUGAGCUCAUACAGCUUGGCUCUUUCCUCUGCAAAAGUUAAUUACUUCAAUACCCUCAUAACCACACUCUCCCGCGAACCCAAACGACUAUUUCACACAUUUAACUCUCUUCUUCGCCCUGCUGUUCCUCCUCCACCUACUAACUUGUCCGACUCAGACUUUGCAACUCACUUCACUGACAAGAUCUCUACAAUCAAAGAAGAGAUCUCUCGUCUUUCUUCUUCACCUUACAUACUUCCCCUAAUUCACUCCCUCUGCUGUUCUAUGUUCAUUCGCACCCGCUACAUUGGAAGAGGUUUCUGCUCUGCUCCAGUCCUCCCGCCCAACCACCUGCUUCCUAGAUCUAAUUCCCUCACAUCUCAUCCGUACUCUGUCUUCUUCUCUUUCUCCACCUCUCACUAAAAUUCUCAAUCUCUCUCUCUCCUCUGGUAUAUUUCCAUUGCCCUUCAAACAUGCAACUGUAACCCCAAUUCAAAAGAAGCCAAAUCUUGACCCUAACUCCCCAUCCAACUAUCGUCCUAUCUCGCUACUGCCUUUUGCAUCCAAGAUCCUUGAAAAAAUUAUGUAUACGAGUUUGACAGACUUCCUCGAGUCAAAAACUCUUCUAGACUCGCUUCAGUCUGGUUUCCGUGCUAAGCACUCUGUGGAAACGGCACUGACCAAAGUAUCCAAUGAACUACUCGCUGCAAAAUCUCGUGGUCACUACUCUAUCCUAAUUCUCCUUGACCUGUCUGCGACUUUUGACACUGUUGAUCAUCAACAGCUUCUUCUCUUCCUCCGCAAUAUCGGUCUACAAGAUAUUGCUCUCUCCUGGUACCUCCUACCUCUCCCAGCGCUCUUUCAGUGUUUCUUUCUCUGGCUCUACUUCUUCUCCGCAACUCCUCUCUUAGUGUCCCCCACGGUUCAGUCCUUGGUCCCCUACUGUACUCCAUCUAGGUGUUCUCUCUGACUCCGACCUCUCCUUCAAGCCUCAUGUUCAAUCUAUCGCCAAAUCCUGUCAUUUCCAUCUCAAAAACAUUGCGUGCAUCCGCCCCUACUUAACGCCAGAUGCGAAUAAGGUGUUGGUCCAUUCCACUGUCCUUUCUCGCCUUGACUACUGUAAUCCACUUUUCAGUGGUCUUACGUGCUCCCAACUUGCGCCGUUAUAGUCCAUAAUGAAUGCGGCGGCGAGGCUCAUCUUCCUGUCCGCCCGCACCUCCCAUGCCUCACCCUUCUGUCAGUCCCUACAUUGGCUUCCUAUAAAAUAUAGAGCUCAAUUUAAAAUUCUAGUUCUUGCUUUCAAAUCUCUACAUAAUGCUGCUCCCACCUAUCUAUCCUCCCUUAUACACAAGUAUGUCCCGUGUAGGCCCUUACGAUCUGCUGAAGACUUACGUCUAUCUUCUGUCCGUACUCCCACCUCUGAUGUUCGCCUUCAAGAUUUCUCGAGGGCUGCACCGUUCCUGUGGAACUCGCUCCCCUCCUCCGUUAGAUGCUCACCCAGUCUGCACUCCUUCAAAAAAUCGUAAAAAACCCACUUCUUCAUAAAAGUGUAUCAAUUAAACUGUUAAUAGCUCCUCACUGAUUCCUCUUCUGCAACUGUCACUAGUCUAAUACUAUCCUUACCUUUUUGUGUCAUUUUACCCCACUCCCUCUAGCAUGUAAGCACAUUGAGCAGGGCCCUCAACCCCUCUGUUCCUGUGUGUCCAACUUGUCUAAUUACAACUACAUGUCUGUUGGUCCACCCAUUGUAAAGCGCUGCAGAAUUUGAUGGCGCUCUAUGAAUAUCAUAAUAAUAAUAACAAUAAUAAUAAUAAUAAGCCUAAUUUUUGUUAUAUUGGGAAUGUGAAAAGCGCCAUCUUCUAAACAAGCCCAAACAUGAGUGGCCUAACUUGACCAUUGGGAAAGUUAUGUGAUGUCUGUCCUAUUGGAUCCCGGGUGGGGCGUGUGACAUGUCAAUGGAAUGGGAAAAUAACAAAUUCAUAGAUGCAUUUAUUAUUUCUGUGGCAGGUACAUAAGAGAAUACAAAUACAAAAAAACAAGUCCUGCGCUCACUCCCAUCACUCCUGGGCGGCAGCAAAGACCACAGUACACAUCAGCCCCAAUACAUACAGUAAAAACCAAAGACAAAGUUACCUGCGCUCUCUCCUAAAUCCCUAUGUAUAUUUAAACAAAUGGAGGUCAUUUAGUUACUCCAAUAACCAUUGGAGGGAAUGCCCGCCUGCCAAAGUCAUGGCAGACCCCCACAGGUGGGUUCCUACACUGACCUUUCACCUUGCUUCCUUCAGCUUCUGGCAAAGAUAUCUCUGAGACAGAGAGGGGUAUUUUUUUUAUAUACCCCCUGUAUGCUUAUUAACCUUUAAUAGGAACACAUGGGAUGGGUGGCAGCAUUGUAACAUAGCUGUGUGAUACAAAAAGUGAAUACAAAUACAAAAAAACAAGGUACAUAAGAGAAGAUAGAGCCAAAUGUUUCCAUUUGGAUUGACGUUGGUCUGGAACAAAGGAGGUGGUCACUUAUUAUUUCUAUAGGUACGCCUUAACUCCACCCCUGGGCAAGACUUGAUAAUCCACAGGGUAUAUAUCCAAAGAUUUGGAGGGGUGUUGGUGUACUUUCUUGGGGCCAAGAUCUAAUUUUGACUGAGUAAUAGAGUUGAGUGGACACCUGGAUAUUCGGGUUCGCCAAGUUCGACUGAACUUCGUCAAAAGUUCGAGUUUGGCUCGAACGUGACCCCAAACCCGAACCCUAUUGAAGUCUAAAUUGGUCUUUCAGCCACAUUUACUAAUACUAAGUAAAGAUUACUUAGUAUUAGUAAAUUCAGCCCCUACUUACUAUACCGUGAGUAGGGGAAUGUCUAGUAAACAGUGAGCAGCCAGUGGCUGUAAAAAAACAAAAAACUAAUAAAUAAAAACCUAUUGGCCCCCACCCCUGAACGGUGGGUGGGGGCCCUAAAUUAGAAUAAGCGGGGGGAUGUAUUGUCCCCCCCGGCCCCCACCCCUAGGUGGGUGGGGGCCCUAAAUAUCAAUAAGGCGGGGAACUAUUGUCCUCUCCCCUGACCCCCACCCCUGAGCGGUGGGUGGGGGCCCUAAAUCAGAAUUAGGGGGUCCUAUUGUCCUUCCCCCUGGCCCCCACCCCUGAGUGGUGGGUGGGGACCCUAAAUUAGAAUAAGGGGGGACACCUAUUGUCCUCCCCCCUGGCUCCCACCCCUGAGCGGCGGGUGGAGACCCUAAAUAAAAAUUUAGUCACCCCCCCCCAGGUGACUAGGGGUCCCCGAACGAAGCCCAAUCUUGACCCUAACUCCCCAUCCAACUAUUGAAAUCCACCAAUCACAAUUCUCUGUGUAAUUUUACACAGCGUGGGAAAAUUCAAAGAACUUUCCCAUGCUGUGUAAAAUGACACAGAGCAUUCUAAUUGGUUAGCUUGAAAUCCAGCCAGUCAGAGUGCUCUGAGUCAUUUUAAACAGCGUGGGAAAAUUCCAAAGAACUUUCCCACGCUGUGUAAAAUGCCACAGAGCACUCUGUGCUCUCAGCCUAAUUGCAGGGCGGGGCAAGGCUUUAUAAGCCUUCCCCCACCCUGCAGAGCUCAGUCUGUGCGGAGCCCUCCAUGGGUGAAGAUGGAUUUAUUUAUUUUUUGCGCUCGUUUGUUUUUGGUUUGUUUUUUUAAGUUAGUCGGUUAUUAUGGAUUUUGACUUGGCCUUUUUUGGGGCUGAAAAAAGAAGAUUUUAGAAGAAAGAAAACAUCAAAUGGUAAGUUUUAUUUUAUCUUUUUAACAGGUACUUAGUUAAUGCCCCCCCUCAUUAUUUUUUAGGGUGACGGGGGUAGGUAGGGGUUAGGUUUUUUUGGGGGAGGGGGGUGACUAGGGGUUUGGGGACCCCUAGUCACCUGGGGGGGAUUUUUAUUUAUGGCCCCCACCCACCGCUCAGGGGUGGGGGCAGAGGGGAGGACAUUAGGAUCCCUCCAUUUUUUUUAUUUACUGAGCGGUGGGUGGGGGCCAGGGAGGAGGACAGUAGGUCCCCCCACUUAUUGUUAUUUAGGGCCCCCACCCAGCGCUCAGGGGUGUGGGCCGGGAAGGAACAAUAGGUCCUCCAACCUUAUUUGUAUUUAAGGCCCCCACUGAGCGCACUGGGUUGGGCACCGGGGGGAGGACAGUAGGUCCCCCCACUUAUUGUUAUUAAGGGCCCCAAUCCACCGUUCAAGGGUGAGGCCCUUGGUUUAAAAGCCCCCACUCGCGCAUCGCUCAGGAGGGGGGGAAUGUUUUUUUUUUUGUUUUUUUUUAUAACAGUGAGCAGCCACAGACUGGUUGUGAUGGCUUCUAAGGGCACACGAGUCAAACGCUUGUUGAUUGCCUGCCCUGCAGCCUUUCAAAACGCGUCAUUAUAUCGCUGAACUCCGAACUCCAACCCGAACAUACAGUGAUAUGUCCGUGUUCGGGUCCGUUGUCCAAAAAACGUAAUGUAACUUUUCAGUUCGGGUUCGCUCAACUCUAAUCUUCACCCAUGGAGGGCUCCGCGCAGACUGAGCUCUGCAGGGCGGGGGAAUGCUUAUAAAGCCUUGCCCCGCCCUACAAUUAGGAUAAGAACACUCUGAUUGGUUGGUUUAAGCCAAUCAGAGUGCUCUGUGUCAUUUUACACAGCAUGGGAAAAUUCCAAAGAACUUUCCCAUGCUGUGCAAAAUAAAUCAUAACACUCUGAUUGGAUGGCUUGAAAUCCAUCCAAUCAGAGUGCUCUGUGUCAUUUUGCACAGCGUGGGAAAGUUCUUUGGAAUUUUCCCAUGCUGUGUAAUUUGACUCAUAACUCUCUGGUUACUUUCAAUCCACCAAUCAGAGUGUUAUGAGUCAAAUUACACAGCAUGGGAAAAUUCCAAAGAAAGGUGGAUUUAAAGCUAACCAAUCAGAGUGCUGUGACAGGUAAAUGUAGAGACUUACCUGUCAGUCUCUUUAUUUACCUGUCAGAGCACUCUGAUUGGAUGGCUUAAACCCACCAAUCAGAGUGCUCUGAGCCUAAUUGCAGGGCGGAGCAAGGCUUUAUAAGCCUUCCCCUGCCCUGCAGAGCUCAGUCUGCGUCGAGCCCUUCAUGGGUGAAUAUGGAUUUAAUUUUUUGCGCUCUUUUUUUUUCUUUUCUUUUUUUUUUUAAAGUGCGUCGAUUAUUAUGGAUUUUUAUUUGGCCUUUCUUGGGGCUGAAAAAUGAAGAUUUUAGAAGAAAGAAGACAUCAAAUAGUAAGUUUAUAUAUUUUUAUUUUUUUUACAGGUAUCUAGCUUUUUUUAGGAUGAAGGGGGUAGGUAGGGGUUAUUUUUUGGGGGCAGGGGAGUGACGGGGGGUUUAAAUUUUUAUUUAGUGCCCCCACCCACCGCCAAGGGGUGGGGGCCAGGGGGAGGACAAUAGGUCCCCCCCCUUAUUCUAACUUAGGGUCCCCACCCACCGCUCAGGGGAGGGUCCGGGGGGAGGACAAUAGGUCCCCCCCAUUCUAAAUUUAGGGCCCCCACCCACUGCUCAGGGGUUGGGGUUUGGGGGUGGACAAUAGGUUCCCCCCCCUUAUUCUAAGUUUAGGGCCCCCAUCUCAGGGGUGGGGGCCGAGGGGGGAGGACAGUAGGUCCUCUUGGUCUUGGUGAUGGCAGCGUUAAACAUAAUAAUAUAACUAUUACUAUUUUAAGUGGUGUUAAGGUGGACUUUGUCAUUAUUGCCAGUCUAGUGCAGACAAAUAGUGAACUUUAACCCUUUCACCACCACAACAACGUCACACACACUCUUGGAGUAGGGAGCGUUCAUGACACCUUACUCAACUCUGCAUCAUCUACACACAUACACAAACUAACUCCCAAUAUACACUCUGAAUCCUCUACACACACACACUCACUAUAUCUCCUAUACACGCAGUGAUCACUGUUUAGUGUACUGCGUGCGCAAAAUAAAGGCUAUUAAAUCCUCUCCCAAGGUUAAAAUAACUAGGUCCUUCAAAAAAUUUAAUCUUGAAUCCUUUUUAAAUGACAUCAAGAAUCUCUCAUGGCACAGAUUAAACAUUAUCCCAGAUCUAGACUGUGCUGUUGAAUACUUUCAUUCUGAACUCCUUCAAAUCUGGAAUUUGCAUGCCCCGCUGCGUAAGGUGAGGGUAAAAGGAGCGCAUAUGAACUGGAUCACAGCUGACCUCAUCCAAAUGUACCAGUUUCGGGAUUCUUUGUGGUCAAAGUUUAAGCGUACUGGCUCUAUGAAUGAUCACGGUGCAUAUAGACAAUGGCGAAAUAUAUGCACAAAACAGACAAAACUGGCCAAGGCCCAAUAUUUCUAUGAAAAUCUGAACAGUAACAUCUCAAACCCUAGAAACUUUUGGAAAGUCAUAAAUAAACUACAAACUCCCCCAAUCCACUCCCAACCCUCCACUGUCAAAGUGGGUAACCAAACCCUGCAACUUCCUUUAGAUGUUGCAAAUGCCUUUAACAAUUAUUUUGUCAGAUGCUCUACUGCCCUGAUUGACAAGCUAAUAAAUGACACGCAUCCUGAAACUACAAAUGUGGAUCAGGCCCCACUAAAUUUGCAAAGGCCCAAUAUAGAUAAGUUUAAUUUUAGACCUGUACCUGUUAGUGUCAUUAAAAAACAUCUUAAUAAUCUAAAAAUGAAAAACCAGUCCGGACCUGAUCAAAUCCCAGCAAUGCUGUUGAAGCUCAGUGCGCCGGCAAUUGCUAAACCCGUCUCAACUCUAAUUAACGAAUCCUUGGUGUCUGGAUACAUACCCAAACUUUGGAAGACUGCGAGAGUAGUGCCUAUCCAUAAAAGUGGUGACACUACUUUGGUUUCUAACUAUCGCCCAAUAUCAUUGCUCCCGGUAUUGUCAAAAAUCUUAGAAAAAUGUGUCCAUACGCAACUUUGUGAGUACUACCAACAAUUAAACUAUCUGACCCCUGAUCAAUCGGGCUUUCGCCAGAAUCACUCCACUACAACUGCCCUCCUAAAAGUUUGCAAUGACAUCCAAACUGGCAUGGAACAAGGAGCCCUAACUGGAGCUAUUUUCCUUGAUUUUGCUAAGGCCUUUGACACAGUAGACCACGACAUUCUACUGCACAAACUCGAAAACUCAGGUAUUGGUGAUCAUUCUUUAAACUGGUUUCGAUCGUAUGUAUCGGAUCGCUCGCAAUAUGUGUCCAUUUCUGACAGUGACUCCCUCCCUCUCCCGGUCACGUGUGGUGUUCCCCAGGGUUCCAUUCUCGGCCCCCUACUAUUUACAUUAUUUAUAAAUGAUCUGCCUUAUGUCUGCCAAUCCUCAAAUGUACACAUGUACGCAGAUGACACGGUAAUCUAUGCGAGCAAACCCAAUCUACCGCAACUUGAGGCUUUGCUCCAAGACCAGUUUACAGAGGUAGAAAAGUGGAUCGCAAAAAACAAACUCUUCCUGAACACUGACAAAACUGUCACAAUGAUCUUUGGAACAGUACCUAAAUUGCACAAAUUACACAAUCCCCACCUAUCCAUCAAAACAAAUUCAAAUGGCACACUGACCGCGGUCCACUCUUUCAAAUACUUGGGUAUGAUAUUAGACCCCAAUUUAUCUUUUGGCCUGCACAUAGAAAAGCUUGCAUCUAAACUUUAUCCAAAAUUAGGUGCCCUGUACAGAAACAAAGCCUGCCUAAGCCCUACAGUAAAGGAAAAGAUUGUACAGCAAAUGCUGAUGCCAAUCAUUGAUUAUGGGGAUGUAGUAUAUGCGUCUGCAUCGCAAUCCCACAUUAAUAAACUCAACACAUUGUAUAACUCGUUCUGCCGAUUUGUGCUACAAUGUAAUUACAGGACCCAUCAUUGUGACAUGCUAAAGGAACUAAACUGGCUAUCGCUGGAAUCCAGACGCACCCUUCAUCUUUCCAGCCUUGUUUUUAAGAGCUUCUCUGGGAAACUCCCACCCUACCUGAACAAAAUGCUUUCCUUAGCUGUUCCCACUUUCUAUAAGCUCCGAUCCAGUACAAGCACUUUACUUAGUCUACCUCAAUACAAAAAGAAAGCGGCCCGAUCCUCCUUCUCCUACAGAGCGCCGCAAUUGUGGAACGACCUCCCGCACAAUUUAAAAUCUUCCCUAAGCCUAAAGUCAUUUAAGAGAUCCCUCUCUACAUACCUCAAAACAGAAUGCACGUGUCAUGGUUGAUUAUAUAUUUCCUGCCUGUUCUAUGUUAAAUUUUGUAUAUAUUGUGUAUUAAUAUUGUUUUUGUAUUUUGUUGUACCUAAUGUAACAAUGCAAUGAUUUGUGGACCCAGGACAUACUUGAAAACGAGAGAAAUCUCAAUGUAUCUUUCCUGGUAAAAUAUUUUAUAAAUAAAUAAAUAAAUAAAUACACACUAUGGGUCCUUCAAACACACACUAGAUCCCCUACACACACACAAACACACACACACAGACACAAACACAGUCAGACACAAACACACACCUCAGUCACAAACACACACACACACACACCUCAGUCACAAACACACACACAGUCAGACACACACAGUCAGACACAAACACACACACACAGUCAGACACAAACACACACACACAGUCAGACACACACACAGACACACACACAGUCAGACACACACAGACACAAACACAGUCAGACACAAACACACACCUCAGUCACAAACACACACACAGUCAGACAUAAACACACACACACACAGUCAGACACAAACACACAGUCAGACACACACAAUCACUCACAUUAACUUUUUUUUUUAACCCACCCCCCCAGCCUCGUUACCUUUGGGAGUGCUGGGGGGGUCUCUCUCUCCCUGGUGGUCCAGUAGCUGCCGGUCGGGGUGAUGGGCUGGCUGCUGGGCGUGCGGCUGGUGAGGGAGCUCUUCCUCUGAGCUCUCUGCUCAGCUCCCUCGCGCGCCGCAGGGUGAGGCUGGGAGCCGGAAUAUGACGUAAUCUUCCGGCUCCCAGCCUCACUCUGCGGCACGUGAGGGAGCUGAGCAGUCAGCUCAGAGGAAGUGCUCCCUCGCCAGCCGCCUGCCAGCGCCGCCCGCUCGGCAUGUCUGUUAGCCGCGAGGCUAACAAGAUAUUUGCCCUGGCAUUUGGGGGCGGCGUUUUUUGCCUCGCGGCUAAUACGCCCCUGCAUUACAUUACACCACAAACACAACACGACUGAAACCAACCUAUUUACACAAUACCACACCACAAUUGGUGCACUUUAUACACACGCAAUUCCACAAGCAGGCUCCAAACACAUGUACAAUACUCUUUCUUGGCAUUUGUCUCCUGGUAUCCAUUUAUGAGAUACCAGAGACAAGUUUCAAGCAAACACAGCACAAUCAUGUUAUUAAAUUUGCUUGCACUGUGCAGAACACAUACAGGGCCUUUUUCUCAUGCUAGAGCUCUUCAGCAGAGCUCUGCACAUGGUCUGCCCUAGAAGAGCAUUGAACCAACAUGCUCACUUUGAAAGGGGCAUGCUUGUCAUUGGUGAUGACAAAACACACCUUCUCUGGCUCCACCCCCUUCUCCAUGAGCCAGGGUGAUUAAAAAAUGCCCGGACAAAUUUGUUUUCCCAGUCCGGCCCUGGUGCAAGCCAAUUAAUUAAUUAGUUAAUUAAUAUGUUGCUUAAUUCAAAAAUAUGUGAGAGAAAGCAUGUGAGGGAAUUUCAACUGAAAGCAAUACAAUAAAAUAAAACUAUACAAAACAGAAAGCACACAUAAAAAAAAUAAGAAAGUAUAUUUAUAGAAGUGAUAAUAGAAAAUACUUUAUUAGCUGGAGAGGUAACCAGAAACGUUUAGACAGAACAUUCUACAUAAGAUCAGAUAUAUAUAGAAGGUGGACCAGCAAGAUGGAGAUACAGAAAAGGUAGAUAUAUAAGUUUAAUGGAAGUUACAUGUGCCUUCCAUAAAAAGGUUAUUCCACCUAGUUUCCUGGUCACAAUUCCAGACAGACAGUUGGCUUAGAUUAGAGCUGUUACCUCCUAUAUCAAUGUUAAGUAAUGCACAUUAAGCUAAAGUUGCUUUAAACAUAGAAACAUAGAAUGUGACGGCAGAUGAGAACCAUUCGGCCCAUCUAGUCUGCUCAAUUUUCUAAAUACUUUCAUUAGUCCCUAGCCUUAUCUUAAGCCUAUCCUACGCAUGCUUAAAUUCCUUCACUGCUUUGCUUUGGUGCCUUCAGUAUCCAUUUAUUAUAAAAUCUUGAUAAAAUGCAUAUAUAUAAAAAUCUCAUUGGUCAAAGUUUCAAAGUACCUAUAGAUGUUAUUGUGUUACAUUUAUAAAGGAAUUUAAGAAGCUGUUUGCCUCCCCUGUUUUUCUUUUGUCUAUUUCUAUUUAUUAUUUUCUAUAAUUACAGAUGGCCCUGAGAACCUGUCAAUUAUACAUUCCUUUGAAACCAACAACAAUUCUACAUUCCCUUUAAAAUGUUCUGUAGCAUCUUUCCCAAUACCGAUCUACCGUUGGAUACACAAUGAGAAAGACAUGCAUGUCCAGCAGGAUAUACUUCAUAUGGAGUGUCCUACAAAAGCAAACUAUGGUAACUUUACCUGUAUGGUAGAAAACCCAGUAACAAAAAGAACAGCAAACGUUUCCAUUUUUGUGACAUUCGGUAAGUCCAGUCAUCAACAAAAGGACUCAAUAUUUGUCUUUCAUAUAAACUGCCAUUGCAAAAUAGACAACAAAGCUAUGACAUCUGACUAAUAGAUAUAGAUAAAUCUUGUUCUUAACCCCUUAAGGACCAAACUUCUGAAAUAAAAGGGAAUCGUGACAUGUCACACGUCAUGUGUCCUUAAGGGGUUAAAGGGACACUUUAGUCACCAAAAAAAGUUUUCGCUGAAUGAAACAGUUUUUGUGCAUAGAUCAUGCCUCUGAAGUUUCACUGCUCAAUUCAUUGCCAUUUAGGGGUUAAAUCCCUUUUGUAUCUGUUUAUGCAGCAAUACACAGCCUGCAUAAAAGAAAUUGGUUUAAUAUUCAAUCAGAUGUAACUUAAUUUAACCCCUUAAGUACCAAACUUCUGGAAUCAAAGGGAAUCAUGACAUGUCAUGUGUCCUUAAGGGGUUAAAGGUUUUUACCUCACGCACUGUAAAUUGAACUUUGAUCACAGCCAGGAGGCUUCUGCAGGGUCUAGGAGACUAUUAACAGAGCAGGAGAUAAGAAACUAUGUGUUAAACAGAAUUUACAAUAAAAGAAGUGUAAACAUUAGAUGACUCUUUAGAGAAAGUGUAGGAAGGCUGUGUGCAAGGAGAUAUGCCUUGGGCUGUAUAAACAGCGAUUUAACUCCUGAUUGGCAGAUAGUUGAGGAGUGACACUGCAGAGGCAUAAUCUAUACACCUAAACAUCUUUAUUAAGCUAAAGUUGUUUUGGUGACUAUAGUGUCCCUUUAAGGUCAUACAGAGUUAUUUACUAAAGUAAGAAUGCAAAGUGAAUUUCAAAUUUAAGGUCAAACCAGCCUAAUUAGAACAAAUAUCAGCUAUGCUUCCAAUUUGGCUUCAUUCUCCUUAAAUUUGAAAUUCACUUUGAAUUCUCAGUUUAGUGAAUAACCCUUAUUUUUAUUUUUCAUUAUUGGAUAAGUCUGCAAGAAAAUCUAUGGUAAGACAUUUUAUUUGCUGCUAUUCUGCGCUGUUCUCCAGGCAGCUUUGUCAUGAAUGAGUUUUUCAAAUCAUGGUUUUCUUACUACAAACAGCGGAAUACAACUUGAUACCAAAAAGAAAUGCAUAUGUAAACGGCACAUCUUGAAAAAUGCUUGCCAUUGUCAAAAGAGAGUAAAAGGUUAUGUGGAUAAUAAGAACUCACAGGUGUUUAGAUAUUUAGUUAACCCAUAAGUUAAUUUUGUUUAGUUUGGCCAAAUCUAGCUUCUAAUGCAAAAAGGUAAAGGGAUCGUAUAAUGCCAGGAAAACAAACUCGUGUUCCUGGCAUUAUAAGGUUAAUAGGUCCUCCCCUCUCUCGAGGCCCCCCUCCCGCUGGGCUGAAGGGGUUAGCCACUUACCUUACUCCAGCGCUGAGCUCCCUCUGCGCUGGUGAACUCUCCUCCCCCUGCCGACGCAGGCUCCCAAGUGAACCCGAAUGGGCAUGCAUGGCCAGAGGCGCGUGCACAUUCAAUUCCACCCUAUGGGGAUCUUAUUUGAUGCUGGACUCUGUGAGGACGCAAUUUACUCACUGAGAAUUGCGGAAGCAGCCUUUAGUGGCUGUCAGGGAGACAGCCACUAGAGGCUGUAUUAACCCUGCAAUGUAAAGCUGCUGGGUUAAAACUAUGGGGACCUGGCACACAGACCACUGUAUUGAGCUGAAGUGGUCUGGGUUCCUAUAGUGAUCCUUUAAGCAUGACAUCACUCUUGACUGAUCUGGUGAGUUUUAUGUCUGUUGUGCAUUAAGCAAGUUUAGGGUGUGUAUGUAGCAAGGUGCCAAAAAGUUUGUGGUGAGACCGAACACAAUAAAACUUCCGGAAGUGUAUAGAGAAAAUUUACUUCUGUGCACUACCUACAAUUCUUAAGUUGCUCUUGGGGAAUCCACCUUGUGCACAGAAACUUAAGAAAUCCUGUUUCCAUAACUACCCAGAGUUCCCAGAGUGGAAUGCAAAUUAGCACAGACAGGGAUUGUGUUUAGACUUUAUCCUGCUUUUCUGCAGGUAUCCUGAGGAUUGGAUGCUGUUUUAUACACAGCUUUUUUUUUUUAAACCAGUCAUGGACUUUAUUUGUGAUUCGGUCUCAUCAGCAUAGUGCCAGUUCUGGUCUGGAAGUUGAAGUCUGUUUUAGAGCAUACAGAUAGGUUCCAAACACAGUAAAACCCCCACAGAGCAUUUGCCAUAGCACAGCUUCGCUAACCCCCCACCAAUCUCUCCCCCCGCCUCGGCGGUCUUAACAGUUAGGGCGUACAGAAACAAAUUAGUGCCUUAAAAUGUUUCAGGCAAACUUGAAUAGAACUACCAUUGUAUAUAUGUAUUAUAUUCAGAAGCUGGUGAAGUGUGCCUAAUGAUUAAUAUCCAAUUCUAUGCACAGAUGUUAAUAUUAAUACUUUUUGUAUGACUAUGAUACAUUGUUUUAUGCAUUGUCGCCCUCCCUCCCCCCCUUCCUUUUUCUCUCCGUGUACCCCCUCCCACGUUAUCCCCCUUUUGUAUACUAUGCAUAUUCAUUGAAAAACCGAAAAUAAAAUACAUUGAAAAAAAAAUAAAAUAAAAAUAAAAUUAAAAACACCCACUGUGCACCUAGAAAUAAUACCUGCAUAUCUCAAAUUGGACUAAAUGCCACAAAGGUUUUGGUAAGACCAAACACUUGUAUGGUAAAAUACAAAAACACACUUCAUAUAUUCAAGAAAUAUUGAUCAGGAGACUUGUUCUAUUAAGUAUUAAGUAUGGUAGACUGACUUAAUAAGAAAUAUCACACUUUUAAUAAAUAUGUUCAUUCCAAAAUGUACUGAACCUUUACACCAUGAAACUAUGUUUAAGGAAAAACACCAUUGCAUUGCUUCGUUUAUGUUCAAAAACCCACCCAAAAUAGUCCCCAAUCUGUAUGAACUACAUUUGUUAACAAAUGGCCUGAAAAAUAAACUGAUAAAGGGGCUAUGAUAGAUUGAUAGAAAUACAUAAGUCAAAUGCACAGGGCUAAUGCAAACUUCACUAUAAACCAACUUGUACAUAAUUUAAUACACUAGCACAUUAUUUUUCAUGUAAAAUAAUGAGUUCAUAUAUUUUAUUUUAUAUAUGAGUUAUAGAUUUCAUAAUAUUACAUAAGACAACCAUACAUAUUGCCAUAAAGGAAAAGUGCAAUUUGUUAUUAUUUAAAAUAAAUAAUCAUACGUUAUUUUGUAAUGUCAGUAUAUAACUGCCCUCUGAUUAGCCACAACAUUAAAACUGCCUGCCUAAUAUUGGGUAGGUCCCCAUUGUUGUGCCAAAACAGCUUUGAUGCAUCAAGAUAUGGACUUCCUUGGAAUGUGUCCUGUGGUAUAAGGCACCAACAAAUUAGCAGCAGAUCCUUUAAGUCUUGCAAGAUGGGACCUCCAUAGGUCGGAUUUGUUGUUCCAUCAUAUCCGAAAGAUACUCAAUCAGAUUGAGACUUGGGUAGUUUGGAGGCCAAUUCAACACAUUGAACUCUUUGUAAUGUUCCUCAAAGCAUUCCUGAACAAUUUUUGCAGUGGGGCAGUGUGCAUUACCCUGCUGAAAGAGGCUACUGCCAUCAGGGAACACCAUUGCCAUGAAGGGGUGUACAUGGUCUGCAAAAAUCUCUAGUUAGGUGGUAUGUGUCAAAGUAACAUCCACCUGAAUGCCAAGACCCAAGGUUUCCAAGCAGAACAUUUCCCAGAGCAUAACACUGCCUCCUGCUGGUCUGCCUUCUUCCCAACGCGCAUCCUGCUGCCAGCUCUUCCCCAGGUAAACGACACACAAGCACUAGGUGAUACAACUAAAGUGAUACAUCUGAGGAAACGUGAUUCAUUAGAACAGGGAACUUUCUUCUAUUGAUCCAGUUCUAAUGCUCAUGUCCUCAUUAGGUGGUGGACAAGGGUCAUCAUGAGCACUCUGACUGGUCUGCGGCUACGCAGUCCCGUACAUAGCAAACUGUGAUGCACUCAAUGUUCUGACAACUUUCUAUAUGUGCCAGCAUUAUGUUUUUCAUUAGUUUGAGCUACAGAAGUGUCAGGAUAAUAGUUAAUCCAGCACGCAGAAUGGUAUCAAACCUAGGACGUAAGGUAACGUCUUACCGGGCCUUAGAAUAGCCAGACUUAACGUACCAGAAAAUAGUAUUUGCCGAGGUCAGGGACACAGAGGGAGACACAACGAUGAGGGAAAAGCCGAAAGUCAAGGAUACCAGAAUACAGGGAAGUCAAAACAAAGCCAAAGUAAAAAAACCUGAAAUAAACACUCAGGAACACUCUCUUGGAUAACCUACUAAGGGAAACCACGACAGGGCAAUGAUGUAAAGGAAAAAGGAGUUUAAAUAAGCCUCCUUCAGAUCCGAUUGACCGUACCCAGCCUUUAACCACAGAAUGUGUGUCGUCAAUACCAUGGGUGGACAUGGGGUUACAAAUUGGAAUGCAUCCGCAGCGACCGGCAUCCUUCAACAUGCCGCAGGAGUCAGAUACACCGCUACAGGGCUGCUGAGUGGCACCUCCAUCAAUGCCAGAAAGGCAGUUGUCAUCACAAGCACAACGAGGUGAGGAUGAACAUGUGACAAGAAGCUCUGUGUAAUUGGACCAAAUUGGCUAGCCUUUGCUCCCUACAGGCAUCAAUAAACCAUGGGCGCCCAUGACAUUGACGCCAAUUUACCAGUUUUCCUUCCUUGCACCACUUUUGGGAGGUACUAACCACUGCAUACCAGGAGGGAACACCCCACAAGACUUGCCAUUUUGGAGAUACUCUGACCCAGUUGUCUAGUUAUCACUAUUGGGCUCUUCUCAAAGUCACUCAGAUAUUUUUGCUUGCCCAUUUUUCCUGCUUCCAACACAUGACAUUCAAUAACUUGCUGCCUAAUAUAUCCCACCCCUUGACAGGUGCCAUUGUAACAAUAUAAUCAAUGCUAUUCCCUCCAUCUUGCAGUGGUUUUAAUGCUGUGGCUGAUCAAUAUAUAUACCUCUUUUCUGUUCUAUGUUAUAACAAUUCUGUCAAAGGUCCACUGUUCUUAUGAAUGGGGUUAAGAAAUAAUGUUUGUUUUUUUUCAUUCAAUCAUCAUUUUUAACACAUGAUGUAUUGUAAAUCUUAAAUAACAGAUAUGAUUGAAUCCCUUCCGAAAUGCGAUGCUGCAUCUAGUGUUGGAAUCAUCUUUGGAAGCAUCUUGGGAAUUGCACUGAUUGUAACUGUCAUUGUAGUGCUAUGCAAGAAAUACUUAGCACUCAUCAUUCUCAUAAUUCAAGGUAGGGGAGUGGUGAUGUUUAUGUCACUUAACUGGGAUUAGAACAAUGAGUUACUGUUGUUUAGUGAGUAGUUGUUAUUAAUUCUAUUGACUUUUCUCUUCUUCAAACAAUUUAGAGAACAUUUAUUGUACUUGAAGAUUGCUAGCUAAAUGUAAAUCUAAAUAAACAUCUUUCCAUGGGGAAAAAAAAAGGAAUCAAAGUCAGUGAUAGGCAUGAAGAUUGAUAUAAUUUAGACAUAAUCAAUACAAUAUGUAUAGGAAAGGUGUUAUUUAUAAUGAUAAAGGAAGGUUUUUGGUCCUGUAGUUUAUUUCCUGUCUUAUUCUGCUUCCAAUGUCUAUAUUCUGCCUGAACGUUUAUAUAUUUAUAUCAGUUUAAAGGGACACUUUAGUCACCAGAACAACUACAGCUUAUUGUAUUUUUUUCUGGCGAGUUUAAUCAUUACCUUCAGGCUUUUUACAGUAAACAGUGUAUUUUCAGAGAAAAUGCAAUGUUUACAUUACAGCCUAGGUAUAACUCUCCUUUGCCACUUCUCAGAUGGCUAUUAGAGGUGCUUCCUGGGGCAGUGCUGCACAAUGUGACUGCUAUUUAGUGUUUCCACCCUCUGUAUGGAGACACUGUAUUUUACUCAUAGAGAUGUAUUGAUUCAAUGCAUCUCUAUGAGGAGAUACUGAUUGGCCAGGGUUGUGUUUGGCUUGUGCUGGCUCUGCCCCUGAUCUGCCUCCUUGACAGUCUCAGUCAAUCCUAUGGGAAAGCACUGUGAUUGGCUCAGAGAAUCACUUCAGAUUAUGUCAGCCAAACAGGCAGAUCAAGGGCAGAGCCAGCAACAGCAGACUGGAAUACAUAUUUUGCUAUAUAUAGGGGGUAAAGUGGGGGGCUACAAGGUCAUUUUAACACUAUAGGGCCAGGCAUACAUGUUUUGAUCCUGAUCCUAUAGUGUUACUUUAACAAAGUAAGAGUAUAUCCAUACUACUGCAUGAUCAAUUAAAGGGAUACUCUAAGCACCAAAACAACUUAAGCUUAAUGACGUGGUUUUGAUGUAUAGAUCAUGCAACUUGCUGAAGUAAAAAAAAGUUUAUCUUCCCUUAUUGCAGAGUGUUCUUAAAGGGACACUGUAGCCUCCAGAACAACUACAGCUUAUUGUACUUGUUCUGGUGAGUAGGAUCAUUCCCCUCAGACUUUUUGCAGUAAACACUGUCUUUUCAGAGAAAAUGCAGUGUUUACAUUAUAGCCCUGUGAUAACUCCACUGACCACUUCUCAAAUGGCUACUAGCUGUGUUUCCUGGGACAGGGCUGCACACUGUGCAGCACUGCCAUUCAGUGUCUCCAUCAAUGGAGACACUGAACUUUUCACAUAGAUAUGCAUUGAUUCAAUGCAUCUCUAUGACGAGAUGUUGAUUGGCCAGGGCUGUGUUUGACUUGUGCUAGCUCUGCCCCUGACCUGCCUCCUUGACAGUCUCAGUCAAUCCUAUGGGUAAGCUGUCAAUCACAGAAGCAUUGUGAUUGGCUCAGACCACCAAUUCUGAUGUGUCAGCCAUGCAGGCAGAUCAGGGGCAGAGACAGCAUGCAGACUUGAAUACAAGUGUUUCUAACCCUAUAGUGUUCCUUUAAUUUAGACUUUCUUAUCUCAUACUUUUUUAAUUAUAUCCUGCAGAAGAAUUGUGUGUGAUAACAAUGUUUAAAGUGAACACACUGUGCUGUAAGAUUUGAUUGGAAAUGAUUUUUUUUCAUGGAAACAGAAACAAAAGGGAUUUAACUCUUGUUGAAUGCAGAAUAGUGGGAAAUGAGACUGCUAGGGCAUGAACUGUAUACCAAAACUGCGUCCAAUGAAGCAGUAUUUAGACUAUUAACAAGAUGUGACCUGAUAUAGUUGUUUAGGAAAGUGGUUCCCAUACCAAAUCUCAUGGAGCAAAAACAGUCCAGGAUAUUUCCCUGUUUUAGUCCAAUGGAGAUAUUGGUGGGUCUUGAGGACUAGUUUUGGAAACAAUGGUUUAGGGUAUUAUCCUGAUCAUGUCUGUGAUUAACUUCUAGGAAGCUCCACUAGCACACAAGACCUGCAUGCAAAGGCUAUGAAAAACAACAAUGUUGAAAAGGUAAGCUGGCUUAAAAUUUAUAUAGUAAAUACCAGACUUCUGCAAGUAGAGAUGUCGCGAACUGUCCGCCGAACUGUUCGCGAACUGUCCGCCGGCGAACAAUAGCGUGUUCGCGUUGGGCGAACAUAUCCGAUUUCCGGUCCGUCCCCUAUACGUCAUCAUUGAGUAAACUUUGACCCGGAACCUCACAGUCAGCAGACACUUCCUGGGAGGGAGGGUCUGCUGCUGAUUGGGUGGAAUGUGUCUGCUGGCAUUCUUAGUGAGCUGUCCAGGAGGUGGGAGGGUCUGGGAGGGAGGGUCUGCUGCUGAUUGGCUGGAAUCUGUCUGCUGACUGUGAGGUUCCGGGUCAAAGUUUACUCAAUGAUGACGUAUAGGGGGCGGACCGGAAAUCGGAAAUCGCCCAACUCGAACACGCUAUUGUUCGCCGGCGGACAGUUCGCGAACAGUUUGGCGGACAGUUCGCGACAUCUCUAUCUGCAAGUUGUUGCAAAAUAAAAAAAAUCAAAUUUCAUCCAAAUUAUGACCCAUUUUGCAAUUUAGAAUUGUAUUAAUUUCCGAAUCACUGCAAACCUAAUGGAUCCAUAAUUAAUCAAAUUAUAGAUCCAUUUGUUUCUAAUCUAUUUGUUUUGAUAAGAAUAGAAAAUGAAGCUUUUGACUACACAGCUGUAAGAGAAAUAUUAAGACAAGUCCUUCUUUUCUUAAUUUUGCUCUUUCAGUUGUUUAGUCGAUAGCUCCCUAAUAUGGAAUCCUUAAAUUUGGCAAUCCCACAAAAGGAUAGCAAAAUGGGGAGUUAUCUAAAAAAAAACCAUCUGAAAGAUCAAAACUAACAAAAGGCCAAAAAAAAAAAUCUAAAAAUACUUGCAGCACGGUCCCUAAUUCCUAUCAUACCAAAACUGGCAGGAUCAAGUUAAGGAAAUAGAUGGAGGAAUACAUUGAUGUCUGGCAGAGGAUUACCUAGAAAUCACUGGGUCCCCCCGCCCCCCAUGUGUCUCAUCCCCUCGGUCCUUCCAUGUGACAUAGUCUCUCCAAGCAUCUCAUUCCUCCCUAGCCCCUCCAUGCGUCUCAUUUACCCCCAGCCCCACCAUGCCUUUUAUUUACCCAUCAGCCUCUCCAUGCAUCUUAUUCCCUCCCCUAUAGCCCCUCCAUGCAUCUCAUUCUUCUGUAGCCCCUCCAUGCAUCACAUUUCCCCCCCAGCCCCUCCAUGUGUGUCAUUCCAAACCCAGCAGCCCAUACAUGUGUCAUCCCCAACCUACCCAGCCCCUCCAUGUGUGUCAUUUUUCAAACCCCCCAGCUCUUCCAUGUGUGUCAUUCCCAACCCGACCCAGCCCCUCCAUGUGUGUCAUUCCCAACCCCACCUGUCCCUCCGUGUGUGUCAUCUCCAACGCCCCCCCAGCUCUUUUGUGUGUCAUCCCGAACCCCUCCACCCCUCUAUGUGUGUCAUUCCCAACCCCACCCUCCCCUUCUGUACCUGUUUACGCCCUGCCGCAGUACCUGGUUUGACAGGAAAUGUUCUCUCAGUGAGCACUUCCUGUCAGACUGCCCACGGGCCUCAAGACGGUGCGGCUCUGUACUGGGCCGAUAUACAGUUUUAUAAUUGUAUUUUGAAAUCAUGUAAUUUAGACUUAAUUUUCUAGGACUAUGUCUACUGUUAGUAGAAAAUAGUGUAUGUCCCACCGUUAUUGGUGUACUGGGAAGCAGUGGUGGGCAGUACCAUCUUAACAACAUUAUGGACCCCCAGGCAAAGCAGUGGGGCCCUGCCUACACAACCAGUCACAGGAAUAAAAAUUUAAAUUAUCGAUAAAAUUAAGCUGAUAUUUAUUGGUAACCUCUGACAAAUGCAAUACAUUCAUACAAUACAAACACACCGACUACUGAAUACACAUACAGACUGCUGAAUACACCCCCACAGACUGCUAAAUACACACAAAAUGCAGAAUACACACAGGCUGCUGUAUAUACGCACAGGCUGCUGAAUACAUACACACAGACUGCUGAAUACACAGACAGACUGCUAAAUACAUGUACACAGACUGCUGAAUACAUACACAUACUGCUGAACACAUACAUACAGACAGCAGUGAUGAUUGCAGUGUGUUUGUGUGUGGUGCUUUGUGUGUGUGCCAGUGGUGCUGUGUGUGUGACAGGUGUGUGUGUGGAGUGCAGUGUAUGUAUGGUUGUGGGAUUCAGUUUGUGUGAGAGGUGCUGUGUGUGAGAGGUGCUGUGUGUGAGGGGUGCUGUGUGUGAGGUGUACAGUCUGUGUGAAGGGUAAUGUGAGGGUGUGUGUGUGGUGCUGUGUGUGAGGUGUACAGUCUGUUUGAAGGGUGGUGUGUUUGUGUGUGUGUGUGUGUGUGUGUAGUGCUCUGUAUGUAUGUGAAAUGUUAAGUGUGUGUAGUGUGUGUGCAUGUGUGUGCAUGUGAGGGGUGCUGUGUGUGUAUGAGGGGUGCUGUGUGUGGGGGGUUCAGUGUGUGUGGUGCCGUGUGUGUAAGGGGUGCAUUGUGUGUGAGGUGUGCUGUGUGUGUGAAUAAGCUGCUGUGUGAGUGAGGUGCUGUGUGUGGGGUUGUAUGUAUGUGUGUGUGUGUGUGUGUGUGUGUGUGUGUCUGAAGGGUCCUGUGUGUGAGGGGGGAUGCAUAGAAAUAAUGGAUUUUUUUGUCAGUGGCAACACUCAGACCAGCAUGCCCGUGGGAGGAACUGCCUGUGUGUGGGUUUGAGGGGUGCUGUGUGUGUGUGAUGGCAGAUGUGUGUGUGAGAGGGGUGCUGCAUGUGUGAGAGGGGUCCUGCGUGUGUGAGAGGGGUCCUGCGUGUGUGAGAGGGGUCCUGCGUGUGUGAGAGGGGUGCUGCAUGUGUAAGUGGAGUGCUGCGUGUGUAAGUGGAGUGCUGCGUGUGUAAGAGGCGUGAUGUGUGUAUGUGAGGGCUACUGUGUGUGUGUGAGGGGGGAUGCAUAGAGAUAAGGGAUUUUUGUCAGUGGCAAUGCUCAUACCAGCAUGCUUGUGAGAGGAAUUGCCUGUGUGUGGGUGUGAGGGGUGCUGUGUGUGUGAUGGCGGCUGUGUGUGUGAGAGGGGUGCUGCGUGUGUGAGAGGGGUGCUGCGUGUGUGAGAGGGGUGUUUGUGUGUGAGAGGGGUGUUUGUGUGUGAGAGGGGUGUUUGUGUGUGAGCGAGGUGCUGUGUGUGUGAGCGAGGUGCUGUGUGUGUGAGCGAGGUGCUGUGUGUGUAUGUGAGUGAGGUGCUGCGUGUGUGAGAGGGGUGCUGUGUGUGUAAGAAGCGUACUGUGUGUGUGAGGUGUGCUGUAUGUGUGAGGAGAGGUGCAUAGAGAUAAGGGAUUUUUUUGUCAGGGGCAACGCGGAAAGAUGACCCUGGUGGUGGGCUUAACACAACAUGGCCAUGUGGUGAAACUGAAUCCCCAUAUUUUUUGCUGAAAUAGGUGAUUUUAAAUAGCCUUAUAACAUUUUACAUUUUAUUUUUAUAUGUGCGCUGUUCCUUAAUCUGUAUUACGUAUAAAUUUUGGUCUCUACGGAAGCACCAUUCCUGUAAAAUACAUGUUCCUUGUGUGCCCCCCAAUUUCCUCUUUGUUUUUACUAUGUCUAAUGUUGGGGAAUUUAAGCAGCUAACACAUUUAUGUAACUCCAUAAGUGCACACUGUUUAGAAUCUUAAAAUUUAUAUAGUCAAACUUAUGACAUUCCUGUAUGCCAUUUGCUCAUCUCAUGGUGUAUUUUGAGCAUAAAUGUGGUCCAUAUUUGUAUUACGCAAUGCUGUAAUGACACAGAAUAUAUCAAUAUUAAUGUGUAGUGGUCUGAGGAUAUCUUGAGCUGGGCUGAAUGCAGCCAAAGACGUGAUUGCGACAUAUAAAAGUAGCCUGGUCUGCUUUAUGUUACUGAGGGUCUUGAUUCCUGUACAUAAAGUCAAAGUAGACACAUUCCAGCCAAUCAGCAGCAGACCCUCCCUCCCAGACCCUCCUACCCACCUCCUGGACAGCAUCCAUUUUAAGAAUGCAGCUUUCUUAGUGAGCUGUCCAGGAGGUGGGAGGGUCUGGGAGGGAGGGUCUGCUGCUGAUUGGCUGGAAUGUGUCUGCUGACUGUGAGGUACAGGGUCAAAGUUUACUCAAUGAUGACGAAUAGGGGGCGGACUGAACAGCGCAUAUGUUCGCCGUCUGCGGCAAACCGUUCGGCGAACCGUUCGGGACAUCACUAGUCCUCAGCAAUUAUUGUAGGAUUAGGGUGUGACGAAGUGCACUUCAGCACUUGGUCCUGGAGAGGCCUGCUUGCCAGCCUCCUGCCCUGCGACUAUGGCCCCUGGGAGAUUAUACCUGUUUAAACCAGCAUUUAGGCUUAUGGACUUUUAUUGUACGGUGCUGGCCCUUUAAAACUGUGUAUCAACAUAUUAAAAAUUUUUGGACACUUUUUCUUCCCCUUUGAAUCCCUGGAAAGGUGUGGCUCUUCCCCUCCCCCAGCUCCAUUGUUCUCCAGCAGGGCGUUGUCCCAGGGACACUGCCAGACCAGUGGGAACUGGUUUGGGCAGGAAAAGCCAUGCUUGCAAGUGAUAACAAAGGACUUCAACCUAACCUUUAAAGGACCACUAUAGGCUCCUAGACCACUUCAGCUUAAUGAAGUGGUCUGGGUGCCUGGUCCAGCUAGGGUUAACCCUUUUUUUUAUAAACAUAGCAGUUUCAGAGAAACUGCUAUGUUUAUAAAUAGGUUAAUCCAGCCUCUAGUGGCUGUCUCUUGACAGCCGCUAGAGGCGCUUGCGUGCUUCUCACUGUGAAAAUCAUUAUGAAUGCUUUCCUAUGAGACUGGCUAAAUGCGCGCGCAGCUCCUGCCGCGCAUGCGCAUUCAGCCGAAGAGGAGGAGGAGAGCUCCCUACCCAGCGCUGGAGAAAGAGGUAAGUUUAACCCCUUCCUCACCCCAGAGCCCGGCGGGAGGGGGUCCCUGAGGGUGGAGGUACCCUCAGGGCAAUAUAGUGCCAGGAAAACGAGUAUGUUUUCCUGGCACUAUAGUGGUCCUUUAAACCCCUGAACCUAUUCAAGUGAAUUUUGGAUAUGUUUGUCCCCAAGUUAUACUGGUUAAAAUAAUAUAAGUUUUAUGUAUGUACGAUGUAAACUUACAAAGUUAUAAGAAUUUAUAAAAAGUGUAACUUUUCAGCUUGGAGAUAAUUGAGUAGAUACAGUAAUUGACUCAAUUAUCUCCUAAGCAGAGGGGAGGAAUAUGAUGGGUGUUUCUAUUGUCCCAUUGUGUCUGAUUGGCUGCUGUACUUGCAUUGUAUGUGUUGUAAUGUUUUAAUUGGUUGUUCUGAAAAACUCUGUGGGUGGUACUAUGUGUGGAAAACCUGCAUAAAAGAAGGCCCUUUGGUGCCAAGUCAUACAGUUCUUCGUCACCCUCAAUCUAGAGUCCUGUCUCUUAUUGGGGGAAUUGCUAUAUCACUACAAGAUAUUGCUAUGCUCUGCAUGCUCCCUUGGAUAAUCACUUCUAAGCUCUUUUAAGAGCUUGUUCCUGUCUUGCUCUCGGAAGGAGUCUACGGUGGUUAUGGUGUCGGCUGGAGUGCUUGGAGCCCUCAGAAAGCGCUAGGAGCAUCCGUCAACGGAGGUACCCAGUCGGGGUACCAGGUGAUCCAUUACAUAGGGUUUUAGGAAUUUAGAGUUAGGGGGUUGUUAUGGUUAAAACAGCAAUGUCACACAGCCACUUUCCCUUGCAAAAUGAGUAUUACAUGAAGAUAGAAUCUCUAUGAAAUACUCAGAGUGACUGUGUUGGCAUUCCACUGAAAUUUUAACCAUGUCGAAACAUAUACUGAGACAAAGCUUUGUCACUAAUGCCUGACACUACUUGACACUAGAUGAAGGUACCGCCAUCAAAUCAUGUAAAUUUACUAUUUCUAUGGAAGAUCCUCCAUAGACCUCAGUGCUGUACUCCAUAGACUUCAAUGCUGUACUCUUGUGCUGAAGAAUAGCAGCAGGAAGAGGACGGUGAUGCUCACGAGGGACAGGUUCAGGCAAGUAAAACUCAUCUUUGUCUGCCACCCCAGCCACAAUGUCAUAGUCGGAGGGUUUUUACAAACUCAGAUGUGACAGAUUCACUUUAAAAGGGGGCUACUUAAGGGAACCUUCCUUAAAGGGACACUCCUGGCAUUAAAACAACUUCAUUGCAAUUAGGUUGUUAUGAUACAAGCAGGUCCCAAAUGAUUGCUUAUCUGAAGGGGUUAAACCGUUAACAACUGGAGGAAGCCUUGGACUGGGUGCCGCUGAUAAACUGUGAGCAUCGGCUGACACUCUCAGUCCCUCAUGAACUCCCCAUUGAGAAAAGAGAGUGAAAGAGAUAUAUACAUUUUAACUGCCUGGACUUCUUCGCACAAUAACAAUUUCAUUUUGAUUAAGUAGUUAUAGUGCCAUGAGUGGAACUUUAAAAAUGAUAUAGAAUGCUUUUGUCUUAUUUACACUCAUAGUUAUAGUCUGUGGCAACUUGAAGGCAAGCAUUCUCUAUCCUUAAAUUCCCUGUAAUCCUAUAUCAUCCAUAAUCCUAUAUACCCUCCAACCAUAAUUCUAGAUCAAAAGUAGGCAUCCUUCAGCACUCCACUCCACUAAUACUGGCAAAGCAUCAGAGUGGAUCUAAUCCACAUCUGGAGUGCCAGGGCCGAUCCUAGGGUCACUGGGUGCAAAAAUAUUUUUGCCAACCCCUCCCUUUCACAAACAAAACACCUUUUAACCACACCCAUUUCCUAUGGAAACCACUCCAAAUCUCUGGGCCCUCCAACUACACAAGGUAGCAUGUCACCCACUUCCUGCAAUCCCAGCUUUGCCCCCAAAAAGCUUUUCAGUGUCAUCUUUGUGCAUAGCUUCCCAGUGCUCAGGGCUGCCAUCAGAAAUUGUGGUGCCCCUAACACAGCUCAAUGUCUGGGUCGUCGUGUGCCCGCCUCCAAGCCCCGCCUCCAAAUCCCUCCUACAGGAAUACACACACACAGACACAAAAGGACACAGACACAGAAAGAUACACACAUACUCACAGACACAAAUACUGAAACAGACAUUCACACAUACAGACACAUACACAGAUACACACACACACAAACACACUGAUAUACAGACACACACACUGACAUACAUACAUACUCACAUACUGACACACACACAUACAUACAUACUGACAAACAGACAUACAUACAAACUGACUUACAGACAUACAAACAGACAUACAUACAUGCACAUAAUGGCAUACAUACACAUACAUACUGAUAUACAUACAUACAUACAUACAGACAUACACACACACACACACACAGAUAGAUAUAUACAUACACAGAUACAUACAGACAUACUGACAUACACACACAGACACAUGCAUACUGACAGAUAUAUACAUACAUACACAGAUACAUACUGACAUACACACAUACUGACAAACACACACACACACACACAUACAGAUAGACACAUACAUACAGACAUACUGACAUACACACACACAGACAUACAUGCAUACUGACAUACAUACAUACAUACAUACAGACAUACAUACUGACAUACACACACAUACAUACAUACAUACUUGCAGACACAUACACAGACAUACAUACUGACAAAGACAUAUAUACAGACAUAUAUACAUACUGACAUACACACACACACACAUACAGAUAGAUAGACACAUACACACUGACAUACAUACAUACUGACAUACAUACACACAUACACAGACAUACAUACACACAUGCAUACAGACAUAUUGACAUACACACACUGACUACAUGCAUACUGACAUACAUACAUACUGACAUACACACACACAUGCAUACACACAGACAUACAUACUGACAUACACACACAGACAUACAUACUUACAUACACACAGACAUACAUACUGACAUACACACAUACAUACACACAGACAUACACACAGACAUACAUACUGACAUACACACACAUACAUACACACACAGACAUACAUACUUGCAGACACAUACACAGACAUACAUACUGACAAAGACAUACAUACAGACAUAUAUACAUACUGACCUACACACACACAUACAGAUAGACACAUACACACAUACAUACAGACAUACUGACAUACACACACUGACAUACACACACUGACAUACAUGCAUACUGACAUACAUACACACAUACACAGACAUACAUACUGACAUACACACACAGACAAAUAUACAUACUGACAUACAUACAGACAUAUUGACAUACACACACUGACUUACAAUCAUACUGACAUACAUACAUACUGACAUACACACACACACAGACAUACAUACUGACAUACACAUAGACAGACAUACAUACUGACAUACACACAGACAUACAUACACACACACACACAGACAUACACACAGACAUACAUACUUGCAGACACAUACACAGACAUACAGACAUACACACAGACAUUCAUACACACACAGACAUACAGACAUACAUACACACACAGACAUACACACAGACAUACAUACACACACACACAGACAUACACACAGACAUACAUACACACACAGACAUACAUACAUAUACACACACACACCUCAUUUAUCAGCCACCCUCCUCUUACCUUUAAGUUGCAGGAGGGUGGCUGGGGAUGAUGGGAGCGAGCAGAUGCCUCUCCGCUCUCCCUCUGCUCUCCUUCUGCUCUCCACCCGCGCGCAGUAAGCUGAGAGGAAGUGACCGCCGUCACUUCCUCCUGGCAACACUUGCGGUGUGGCCGCAAUUUUUUUUUUUUUUAAAGGGGCCCGGUCGCGCAAUUACACGCCCGCAGCGCUGACCGGGCCCCUGAAGAUAUAGGGCCCAUUGGGUGGCCCUAAAUGCUUGGACCACCUGAUGAGCCCUGGUGCAGAUGCACCUGCGGCAGUUUCGCCGCUUCACGUUAGGCCCGGGCGGCCGGGCCCCCCAGGGCAGCCGGGCCCAUGACAACUGUUAUGGUUGUCACCUCCUGAUGGCGGCCCUGCCAGUGCCAUCUCUGUCCCUAUAUAGCUUCCAUAGACACCUGUAUCCCAAAAUAGCUAAUUAGUGCCAUCUUUGUCUCAAUAUAACUAAUAACUGCCAUCUUUGUGCUCAAAUAGCUUAUUAGUGCCAUCUUUGUGCCCAAAAAACGUAUCAGUGCCAGGGGCAGAUCCAGCACCUAAUCUCAGGAGAGGCAUUGGUAGUGGGUUGUAGGGGCUGUAAUUAAGGAGUUAGGGGUUAUAGUAAGGGGCUAGGUGCUGAAGUGGGGGACAGGGGCUGUAGUGCAAGGAUUGGGGCUGUAGUGAGGAGGUAGGGAUUGUAGUAAGAUCAAUUAAACUGUUAAUAGCUCCUGACUGAUUCCUCUUCUGCAACUGUCACUAGUCUAAUACUAUCCUUACCUUUUUGUGUCAUUUUACCCCACUCCCUCUAGCAUGUAAGCUCAUUGAGCAGGGCCCUCAACCCCUCUGUUCCUGUGUGUCCAACUUGUCUGGUUAUAACUACAUGUCUGUUCGUCCACCCAUUGUAAAGCGCUGCAGAAUUUGACGGCGCUCUAUAAAUAUAAUAAUAAUAAUAGGGUCUGUAGGCUGUAUUUGGUGGUUAGAACAUCUAUUGGGGUUAGGAGCUGAAUUGGUGGAUGGCUGCAAUUGGAGAAAAGAAAAAUAGGCUCUAGUGUGGAGCGGAUGCCUCUCCUCUCUCCUCUCUCCGCUGUUUACCAGGACACCACUUGGAAUGCGUGGCCUGGGUUGGUGGCGCUAUGAAGAACAUUUUCGCCAGUGCCUUGCGGUUUGGCCCGCUGUAGCAUGGGAUCAGAUGGACAUUGGCCCCUGGCUCUCCAUCGUAACCCGGCCGGCGGUGCAUAAAGGGGCUUUGUCCUCCUUUCCUGGGGGAAGUGGGUCCGCCCCAUCGGCCUCGCAGCAACAGCCAGGUUGUUGCGGGAAGUUUAAUGUCAGCUGAUGUAAGUGGGGCAGGUCGUGCUGCUUUAAGCUCGACUGCUCCCAUCGUGCUGGGGGCUCACUCUGCCUCCUGCUGUUUCAAGAGGGGUAAGUCCGGGGAGGCUCCUGCUGGAGGGGGUCACCCAAGGCUUCGGGAUCCCCUGCUCGGAGCGCCCGGCUUCGGGGUGGUGCAAACCUUGAAGAAAAAGUUAAAGGUGGAAAGCCGAGAAAGGGAGGAUAUGAUAAAAACAUUUACAUACUUCAAGGGAAUCAACGCAGUAGGGAGGAGACUAUGUUUCAAAGAAGUAAAACUUCCACAAUAAGAGUACAUAGUCUUAAAUUAGAGGGGCGAAGGUUUAAAAAUAAUACCCGGAUGUAUUACGUUACUGAAAGGGUAGUGGAUGCAUGGAAUAGCCUUCCUGCUGAAGUCGUAGAGGUUAACACAGUAAAGGGGUUUAAACAGGCGUGGGAUAUGCAUAAGGCUGUCCUACCUAUAAGUUAUGGCCAGGGACUAAUGACAGUAGUUAGAAAAUUGGGCAGACCGGACAGGCCGAAUGGUCCUUAUCUGCCAUCACAUUCUAUGUUUAUGUUUGCUCAACUUCCCGCAGAUGGUGCUGGAUAAGGAGGUGGCUUUGGGGUGAAUCGCGGGGUCAUUUGAGGCCCCGUCGCUCCCCAAGUUGCGGGUCCCCCUUGGGCCUGGUGCCCAAGUAGGAGGCGGGGGAGUUUCAGCUUAUUCAUUGUUUGCCCUACCCUCAAGAAGUUUCAGUGUGAGAUGUCGGAGCGGGCGUCCUAGGCAUCCUUCGAUAAAACAGCGGGGUUGUGGCGGGGGUGUGUCCUUGCCAAAUAAGGGAUGGUCUGGUAGAUUAGAUGAAAAAGAGGGAUAAUGGCCGGGUCUCGUCCUCCCCCUGUCUCUUAUGGUAAACCUGGAGGAGGUACCAGGUUUGACGUGUCCCCACUGGGUUGUAAGUCAACCGGUGGGGAGCAUUAUGGUUGGGCCCCACCGAGCGGAAAACCAGCUGGUGGGGAGCCCUGAAAAGGAAGAUGUUUUUCUUAUGCCGAGGGGGAGGUGAGAGCCUUGGGGAAGUUAGAUUGGCAAGGAUGGUUUCUUUGGUUACUGUAUGACUAUAUGCAAAUUGUUUGUUAAUUUAUGUUAUUUAUUAUUUCAUCAUACGUUAAAGGAGUUAUACAGUAUUUGGUUGUGUUAAUAAAUGCUGUGGCCUGUUUUCUCCAAGAAGUUGUCUGUCAUUAUUUGAAGGGGUAAGUUAUGGUUCUAUGGGGGAUGAAGGGAAUGCUAUCCAAUGCCCACUGCGUACAUACAUGUAUCACUGUAAUACAUCUCACUAUAAUAUGAUUGUUUGUGUUGUCUGUGUAUGUAAUAGGUGUGAUGACUGUGUGUGAUAUGUAUGCUAUGUGUUGGCUAUGUGUAAUAUUUGUAAUGGGUGUACUGUGUGUGAUAUGUGUGUAUUGGUUGUAUGUGAUAUUUGUGCUGGGUUUAUUGGCUGUGAUACAAAUAUGCAUUUAGGCCUAUGUGUGAAUGCAGGCCUAUAUGUAUAUGAAUGCAGGUGUAUAUUUUUGCAGAGUUAAGUGCACACAGUCCCACAGUCAGAUGCACACAGUUAUACAUAUACACUGUCAAAUCCAUCACAUGCACACAGUCGCAGGCAGAUAGUUACAUACACAGGAUCAGGCAGAAACACAGUUACAGGCAGAUAAACACACUCACACACAAUUACAGGCAGAAAACAACACACACACACAUAGGCAGACAGCCCCACACACACAGUCACACAUACUGUCUUAUACACACAUACUUACAUGCAGACAGCCACACACACAGGCAGACAGUCAAACACACACGGGCAGACACAGACACACACGCAGACAGUCACACACACACAGUCAAACACACACGGGCAGACAUACACACACAGGCAGACAGUCUCACACACAGUCAUACGCACAGACACACACACAGGCAGACAGUCACACACACACACAGGCAGUCACACACACAGACGCAAACAGUCGCAUAGACACACACAGGCAGACAGUCAAACACACGGACAGCCACACACAGGCAGUCUCACACACACACACACACACACACACACACACACACACACAUAGGCAGACAGUCACACAUAGUUACCUCUGUUCAUUAUGGAGGAGUGGAGACAGUGCAGCUCCUGGAGACUGGUUGUUACAUAGUUACAUAGUUACAGCUGAAAAGAGACUUGCGUCCAUCAAGUUCAGCCUUCCUCACAUUUGUUUUUUGCUGUUGAUCCAAAAGAAGGCAAAAAACCCAGUUUGAAGCACAAUUUUGCAACAAGCUAAAAAUCCUUCUUGACCCCAGAAUGGCAGUCAGAUUUAUCCUUGGAUCAAGCAGUUAUUACCCUACAUUGAAAGAUUAUAUCCUUGAAUAUUCUGUUUUUGCAAGUAUGCAUCUAGUAGCUGUUUGAACAUCUGUAUGGACUCUGAUAAAACCAAUUCUUCAGGCAGAGAAUUCCACUUCCUUAUUGUUCUUACAGCAGGGACUCCUUAUGAUUGAGAUCAGGGGAGGAUGGAGGCCACACCAUGAUUUUCUCUCCUUUUAUCCCCAUAGCAGCCAUUGAUGCAGAGGUAUUCUUUGCAGCAUGAGAUGGUGCAUUGUCAUGCAUGAAGAUGAUUUUAUUACGGAAAGCAUAGUUCUUCCUUCUGUACCAGGGAAGAAAGUGGUCAGUCAGAAACUCCACAUACUUUGCAGAGGUCAUCUUUACACCUUUGGGGACCCUAAAAGGGCCGACCAGUUAUCUUCCCAUGAUUCUGGCCCAAAACAUGACUCCACCACCGCCAUGCUGAUGUCGCAGCCUUGUUGGAACAGGGUGGGUAAUCCACCAACCAUCCACUACUCCAUCCAUAUGGACUAUCCAGGGUUGUACUGCACUCAUCAGUGAACAGGACUGUUUGAAAAUUAGUCUUCAUGUAUUUUUCUGCCCAAUGCAGCCGUUUCUGCUUGUGAGCAUUGGUUAGUUGUGGCCGAAUAGAAGGUUUAUGCACAGUUGCAAGACUCUGGAGGACUCUACACCUUGAUGUCCGUGGGACUCCAGAGGCACCAGCAGCUUCAAAUAUCUGUUUGCUGCUAUGUAAUGGUAUUUUAGCAGCUGCUCUCUUGAUCCGAUGCAUGGAUCUGGCAGAAAUCUUCCUCAAUGUGCCUUUAUCUGCACAAACCCGUCUGUGCUUUGAAUCAGCCACAAAUUUCUUAAUAGUGCGAUGAUCACGCUUACGUUUUCAUGAAAUAUCUAAUGUUUUCAUACCUCGUCCAAGUCAUUGAACUAUUUCACUCUUUUCAGCAGCAGAGAGAUCCUUUUUCUUCCCCAUAUUGCAUGAAAAUGGUGUUCUGCUUAAUAACGUAGAACACCCUCCUUUAGUAGUUUUUCCUUAAAUUGGGCUUACCUGGCAAUCUAAUUAUCACAGGUGUCCGAGAUUGUUUUCACUGAUCAAAAGAGCCCUGAGACACAAUGCCAUCCAUGAGUUAAACUGAAAAACAAAAUAUUUAAUCUUUGUGACACUUAAAUAGAAUUUGCAUAAUCAUUUGGAACAGGGUGUAGAGGCUCCCUUUCAUUGGGUGAAAUACUUGGUGACAUCAUGGCUAAUUUAAAGUGCUGUGUACAGGGUAUAAUUUGAGUGUUGUACAUAAUCGUAUAACUUCCAGAACAGAGUAUUAUAUUAUUAGUUAUUGCUCAAUGUAAAGGAUUAAAGAUGUCAUAAUGUGAGCUGAUUCCUAAGUUGUAAGAUUUAGACUGAAAUAGUUGGAAAUGGUUAUAUUGUGCUACAUAUGGCCAUUCUAUAUAUCUAUCAGUUUGCCACCAUUUACUAUAAAAUCAAACACUUGUUUCUUUUAGUUUUAGUCAAACCUAACAGCACUAUUUUUGCUAAAUACAGGGGAUAAGUAAAUAUAUUACCACAAAUCUUGAAAAGUAACAGUUCCCCUUUAAUAUGGAUGAACAAAUGCUCACAUGUCACAAAUUAAUCUUUGUUUCUUUCUUAUAGAAUCAACAUUGCAACGCUGAGGAGGAAGUAUAUGGUAAGCAAUGUGGAUAGUAUUACAAUAAAAAAAUGGGUGUUAUUCAUGAAAAGAGACUAUUGGGCAACAUUUUUUUUUUUGUCAAUCUUUCUUUUAUUAAGGCUUAAAGUUGCAAGGGUACAGAAUAAAAAAUUGGAGACGAUAAAGAUACAUACAGGAUGGGGAUAUCUUCUUGCAGUGUAUAUCAUCUCUGAUAGUUAUCAGCCCCUUUUUAUAUUAAGUAAACAAUACGAUAAAUGUAGAAACAGUAUGCUAUAUGUUAAAACAAGCUAGUGCGGUUAGAUUAUGCAAUAAUUAAAUAUUUAACCCCUUAAGGACACAUGACAUGUGUGACAUGUCAAUAUCCCCUUUUUAUUCCAGAAGUUUAGUCCUUAAGGGGUUAAAGACAUGCCCAACUGCUGCACCUUAACUGUGUGGAAACAUAAAAAACGUAAAACAUGCUGGUUAAGCCUAGAGUAGUCAAUAUCUUGCAGUCUACAUAAAAGUGUAUGCUUGCUGUAUCAAAGUUAGGCUAGGUAGGGCUUUAGACAUGUAAACUAUGGUCAUCAGUUAGAUGGCAAGCAGAUGAGACAUGUACUCUCUCUCAGUGAAAAUGCUUAUAGGUGAGUACGGUAUAUAAUGUGACAGAGACAGGGGGUGAGUGAACCUCUGAGGCUAGUUAGCAAUUAAGUAGGCUAGUUAGCAAUCAAGGUCUUGAUGGUAAGGUAUGUCUUUUUGCUGAUGAUACUAAGAUAUGUAACAGGGUUGAUGUUCCAGGAGGGAUAAGCCAAAUGACAAAUGAUUUAGGUAAACUAGAAAAUGGUCAGAAUUGUGGCAACUGACAUUUAAUGUGGAUAAGUGCAAGAUAAUGCAUCUUGGACGUAAAAACCCAAGGGCAGAGUACAGAAUAUUUGAUAGAGUCCUAACCUCAACAUAUGAGGAAAGGGAUUUAGGGGUGAUUAUUUCUGAUGACUUAAAGGUAGGCAGACAAUGUAAUAGAGCAGCAGGAAAUGCUAGCAGAAUGCUUGGUUGUAUAGGGAGAGGCAUUAGCAGUAGAAAGAGGGAAGUGCUCAUGCCAUUGUACAGAACACUGGUGAGACCUCACUUGGAGUAUUGUACACAGUACUGGAGACCGUAUCUUCAGAAGGAUAUUGAUACCUUAGAGAGGGUUCAGAGAAGGGCUACUAAACUGGUUCAUGGAUUGCGGGAUAAAACUUACCAGGAAAGGUUAAAGGAUCUUAACAUGUAUAGCUUGGAGGAAAGACGAGACAGGGGGGAUAUGAUAGAAACAUUUAAAUAUAUAAAGGGAAUCAACACAGUAAAGGAGGAGACUAUAUUUAAAAGAAGAAAAACUACCACAACAAGAGGACAUAGUCUUAAAUUAGAGGGACAAAGGUUUAAAAAUAAUAUCAGGAAGUAUUACUUUACUGAGAGGGUAGUGGAUGCAUGGAAUAGCCUUCCAGCUGAAGUGGUAGAGGUUAACACAGUAAAGGAGUUUAAGCAUGCGUGGGAUAGGCAUAAGGCUAUCCUAACUAUAAGAUAAGGCUAGGGACUAAUGAAAGUUUUUAGAAAAUUGGGCAGACUAGAUGGGCCGAAUGGUUCUUAUCUGCCGUCACAUUCUAUGUUUCUAUGUUUCUAUGUUAAGUACAAUUUAACCUACUGGUAUACUGAGUAACUAUUUAAUACACAAUAUCCUGGUGUAGGUAUGCAGUGAAGUGUGAGUAUCGCAGUAAUAAACAUGCUAGGUUGCCUACCAACCCUACAGAGCUAAUCAAAAGAAUACUACAUACAAAGACAGCAAAGUGAACAUGUUUGCUCAGUGGAAGCCUAUUAGUGAAUAUUUGCUUGGACAGUUCAGGUUGAGUCCUGGAGAGCUCUUGGCUGGGAGCGUUAUUUGAAGGGACUACGGGCUAACAAACACGCAGUCAGCCGAAUCCCCUGUACCUCGAACUGACAGAGUGCGCAGGAGGACGGUGAGUUGCAGGUAUAAGGAGGGUGCUCCCCAACCCCGUUCUGGUGUGUAGACCAGCACCUGAGGUCCACAGACUCAGUGUCUCGUUGUUGAGGCCGGGUCUUCCCUCUGUCUGGCGCCCUGGAAAGCUCUGAUGUUCUGUCAUCGCCAGCAACGGUCGGCUUUCCGGCGGUGUGGUCGGUGUCGCAGAGGCUUUCUCCGAGUGGCCCUCAGCCUAGGAGAGUGUCUGGGGUAGACAGUGUCAGUCGCUUUGUGGGGUUCAUCCGAUUGAGGUCUCCCCCAGCUCUGCUCGUCCUCUCUCCUCACCUCCUCCAUAGGAUCAGACUGCUUCUGUCUGCAGCAUUGCUCCAGACGUUCCCAGAACCUUUGGAAAACCAUGUCCAGUUACUCGGUGUAAUGCUACACCGGGUUAUUGCUCUGGCUGCCCUGGUGUAUUGGUUCUGCUUCUGCCUCUGGUAUGUGGGCGCCAUCUUAUGCGGCUUACUGGCCAUGUUGGUCAGGCUGUAGGGUAUAGCCGUGGCUUGUUGUGUCGUUUACCCUAGGUUGGUGGGGACCGGGAUAACCCCCGCUGGUCCAAAGGGAGGGGGGGGGACCCAUGCUUAGAUUGUGACAUAGUGUGGCCACGAGAGAGCAGCCGUCUCCCCCGCGGCUCCCCUGCGUGUUUCGCUGCAUAGCAGGCUGCACUGCUGGGCUCUGGUUGCCGCUGUCGGGCUUCAAGAGUCGGGUACCGUUCUGUGCCGCUUUGAAUGCAGGUCAGCCCCCUGGGUCUGAUAUGUUGUAUUCUGCUUAGCAAGUCCCUGUUAGGGCUUAGAUUGUGCCCGUUACUGCCGAAGCUCUUUGCAUGUGCGUCCAGGCCAUCUUGGCUGUCAGGCCCCGCCCCUCUUGGGCAACAUUCUUAACCCCUUUGUGACCAGACUGUUUUUCAAUUUUCUUACCGUUUGGGACCAGGGCUCUUUUUAUUUUUCUGCUGUGUUUGUGUUUCGCUGUAAUUUUCCUCUUACUAAUUAACUGUACCCACACAUAUUUCUCUAAAGAUACCAUUAAUUUCAUCAUAUCAUAUAAUUUACUAUUAAAAUUUUUUAUAAAAUGUGGUGGAAAGAUGUAAAAAAAAAAACGCACUUUUUCGAACUUUGACCCCCAAAAUCUGUUACACAUCUACAACCGCCAAAAAAACACUCAUGCUAAAUAGUUUCUAAAUUUUGUCCUGAGUUUAGAAAUGCCCAAUGUUAACAUGUGUGGCAAACUCACCCAGUUAAGGGAGUUUGCCAUGAGUUUUUGGAGGGGCCUGCUUGCCCGGCUCCUGCUCUGUGACUAUGGCCCCUGGGAUGUAUUGCCCUUUAAAGACAUCAUUUGGGCAUAAUGGAUUUUCUUGUGCUGCUUCUGGCCCUUUAAACCCUAUGGAAAGGAUCUGUACUUUUAAAUUGGCACUUCGGAUGCAGCCAUUUUCAUUCAUGUGAACGCGUUCAGCGGUGUUUUGCCGUCGAGUUCCUGGAACUGAAAUCGGAUACUCGAUGGCACGAAUACUGCUGAAGUUUUACCUUCCCUGGAACUAUCUCAAUCGACUGGAUUCGAAUGCCGUUCGACAAUUCGAAUGGCACUUCAACAUUGACUUUUGCACGAACCGUUGUCGUUCGUCUGUUUGAACUGACUUUAACAUGGGAAAUAGACCGGCCGCACAGCUCAAAUCUCUGGAACUGUUUUGGGCAUUAAAAUAUGACUUCCAGCUAACUCCCGAACGGCUGAACGGAUUCAAAUGAUUUUUGCAUAUGUUUGUUUCCUAUGUAUGCUGAUUCAGAAAAUUUUACGCAACUGUGAUGUAUAGUUUUAAAGUUAUAGAAAUUGGGUAAAAAUGUGUGUUUAAACUGUACGGUUAAUUGUGUUACCUCUCAGGCUAACGGGAGGGUAUGUGUGGGACGUAACCAGUUAGCGAUUGGAUGGUUACGGAUUGUCUGUGGGUGUCUCCCUUGCAUGGGAGAAUUGCAUAAAGGCAGAGUAUGUCAUUAAACUUCAGUUCUAUUUCACCCUCAAUUUAGAGUCCUGUCUCUUAUUGGGGGAAUCUGCUACAAAGGAUUGCUAUGCUCUUCCUUGCUAUAAUCACUACUAAGCUCUUUUAAGAGCUUGUUCCUGCGUUACAUUCUUGAAGGAAAGGUUUACCCACUGGAGCCUGUAGCCUUGUCAUAUGUCCUGGGUGGGUAGGAGACGGCGAGACCCCAACCAAGCUGCGGCGGUUCUGGAGGUCUGCGGUGGUUAUGGUGUCUGGCGGAGUACUUGGAGCCCUCGGGAAGUACUAGGAGCAUCCAUCAAUGGAGGUACCCAGUCGGGUGCCAGGUAAUCCGUUACAACAUGUUCUUUGGAACGUUAUAGGGCUAUAAGUUGCUAUUUCCAAAUCAUUUUCUUUCCAAAAUUAACGCAGGUUACAUUGUAACACUGAAAUCUGUCAGGAAUCCCUGAAUAUCCCUUCAAAUGUAUAUAUUUUUUAAAAGAAGACAACUAAAGGUAUUAAACUUGGGGUAGUUUGACUCUUUUCAUGCAACCAUUUUACCACCAAUCUGUGCCAAAUUUAAAAAAAUUAUAAUAAUUGGUGAUUCUUUUGACACACAUAGCAAUUUAAGAAUACAUGUACGGAGAACUUUAAGGGUUACUGCCAAAGAAGACCCCAAUAUGUGUUCAGCAACAUCUCCUGAGUACAGUGAUACUACCCAUGUAUAGGUGUGUCGGGUUCUCUGCGGGCUAAAAGAUCUUAUUUGGAGGGUGCGCAUUCCAGUUUUCCAACGUGGAAUUUUCACAGACAGUCAUUAUGCACCCAUGUCCUAUUUGGGAAAUUUUUGAAGCCGGACAAUGUAAUUUACCCCCAUCAAACAAUAUAUUUUUGAAAAGUAGACACCCUAGGGUAUUUCAAAUGGUGAUAUUUUAAUACUUUCGAUGCACUAAUUCUACCUCCAGUCUUUGUCAAACCUUUGGGUAGUAAUUUUUUGUGCUAUUUUUCUCCCAUAUUGUAUUUCAGUUUCUGUUAUGUGUUACUGACAAACAACACCCCAAUAUGUGUUCAGCAACAUCUCCCGAGUACAACAGUGCCCCAAUGUACAGGUUUUAUGGGUUUUUGUAAACUUACAGGGGUCAAAUGUAGGGCUUUCCCCUUUUCCAUGUUUGCACAUUGAAAUUUGCUAGAUUGUUUGCUGGACCUAUGUUGCCUUUGAGACCGUAUAGCAGCCUAGGAAUGAAAAUUAACCCCAUCAUGGCAUACCAUUUGUAAAAGUAGACAACCCACGGUAUUCAAAAUGGGGUACAUCCAGUCUUUUGUAGUAGCCAUUUAGCCACAAAUGCUUGCCAAAGUUAGCUGCACUUUUACUGGUGAUUUCAUUGUCGUGAUAAGUUUUACUGUUGUAAACAUAUUUGUGUUCAGCGAAGUCUCCCGAGUAUAACAAUACCCCCCCACAUGUACAGGUUUUAUGCUGUUUUGGAAAGUUACAGGGUCAAUAUAGGGCUUGCCCAAUUUAGUUUGCCAGAUUGGUUUGCUGGGUCUGUGUUGCCUUUUGAGACCAUAUGGUAGCCCAGUAAUGUGAAAUAACCCCAUCAUGGCAUACCAUUUUCAAAUGUAGAUAACUCAUGGUAUUACAAAUGGGGUAUUU